AUGUCUGAAGAUCCCCACACGCCAAACGGGAUCCCAUAUGGCGUCCCGGAUCGAUCUCCAUCGCCGGAAUUCUCCAAUGAUCCACCGAUUCCAGGAACAGAAAUCAAGCCCGAUCUCUUCAAUCUCAGCGCAAACUUCUCGACGGAGUCGCUAUCGCUCGACGCUGCCGAUACGCCUGUGACGCCCUCGGUGCCAACGUUUGGUUUCAACUCUUUUAAGCGGUACCAUGGAAACGAUAGUUCGCUGUCUCUAGGUAAUUCUCCAGUGGUGGCCGCUCCGCUGCAAUUCUCGCAUCAGCGUGCGGGCCUGAACCUGGCGGCGUCCCGGCCACGGCCGCGGUCGGCGUUUUUUGCUGAUGGGUUUGGUGAAGCCAUUGCGGAAGAUAACGUCCAUAGUUUCGGCGGCAAUCUUCUGAGGCUGCCGGCCAUUUCCGCGGGCCGCCGUGAUAGUCGGCAAUUCGCCGAUGCUUUUAGUAGUUUCAAUGCGUUCAAGCCGGCGGCUUCAGAGCGCCGUAGUAAUCGAUCCCGCUCGGGGUCUCCUGUAAGAGCACGCUCGCCUGUAAGAUCAUUCAACACUUCGCCGCAGCGAAAGGGCGGGUCUCCAAAGAAAUCAUUAGCAUUCAAUUUCAAGCCGCAGGAACUAGGCGACGGCUUGUCGAGUCCAGCAGCGCCGGGCUUGAAACCGGCGCAGAGAAAGGGACACAGGUACAAACACUCGUCUGUGUCGAUGAACAUAUUCCAGGAGCCGCUUCCGAUUGCGGAUGCCAACCAUCAGCCGGAUUUGAUUCCCGAUCUGUUUCUCAUCCCCAACGUCCGCGAGCUUCUCUCGAGCACUACUCAGUCUCAGAAACUCAAGCUACUUCUCGCGGGCGCACACGCAUCGACAGCAGCGUUGGUGUUUCUUGCCGGUACUCGCCUCAACCAGCCCACAUUCUCUACGCUAGCGCAUUUGGUCUUUUACGACUCACUCGGCUCCAUUAUCAUUGCAUGUGUGGAUGUGAUGUCCAAUUUCGAGGUGUGGUCCAAGCCUUCGAUCGCGUAUCCAUUUGGCUUGGGUCGGCUUGAAGUGCUUGCUGGUUUUGCAUUGAGCACCUCACUGAUCAUGGUUGGAUGUGAUCUUAUAAGUCAUUUUGUAGAGGAAAUGGUUCUCGAACUCGUGAGUCCUUCUACGGAGAAGUCUGCAGAACACAACUCUCACCACAUUCACGCAUCUGCGUCCGGCUCGACCAAUUGGUAUUUGUAUUACUUUACUAUUGCCUGUGUUGGUCUUGUAUCCUGGCUAUCAUCAACCUGCAUUGCCGACAAAACAUCCAUCACGCAGCUCCUAGAGAGUGCUGAUAGGAGCUCAAUGAAAGAUAACACACUACAAGGUCAAGAUAAGGGCAUUUUGGACGCCGACCCUGACAAUUGGUCCUCACUGCUGGGUUUUGCAGGACUCAAAUCGAAGCUGCAGAGACUAAUUCGUCUGGCGUCCAAGAAUCCGAUCCGGAUUCUCACCUUGGUGGAUUCUUUGUUUCUCUUCAUGGUUCCAUUUGUGCCGAAAUCACUCAAAGAGACGUUCGGCUUUGAUAUCAACGAAGCAUCCACUUUCGUAGUUGCAUCUGUGUUGUGUUAUGUCGGCUGGACUAUGGCACUGACGUUGGGUGGCAUUCUCUUGAUCUCUUUCCCCUACUCGGACUACGACUACAACGUGUUGAAGGCGACUAUCUACGACGAAAUUGUCAACUGCACGGGCUUCAAGUCAUCUUACGCCAUUUCCAAAAUCUUCCUUGCGAAGGCCAAUCACCGGUUGUACAUUGUUGGCAUCGACGUGUCGAUGAAAGGAGGCAGCAGCGAUGACGAAGCUAGACUCACAUUUGAUAUCAGCAGAGUCAUCACGGACUCGAUCAAGAAAUUCGAUGAUGAGAGUCAAGUUGAGACCACUGUCAGCGUCUCCAGAUGA